AUGGAAAAAUCCGAAGAUGGCGUUGUUCUGGUGUCGUUUGGAACCGUUUUCAAAGGCCAUUAUAUGAGUACGGAUGGAAGGAAAAUCCUCCAUGAUGCUUUCCGGCAAUUACCGCAGAUAACCUUUAUUUGGAAAUACGAAAUUGAGGACAACACAGGAUUGGAUUUGCCCAACGUGAUCAAAACAAAGUGGUUUCCACAAAACGACCUUCUUAGUGAGUUCCUUCAACAAAAUUAA